GGCAUCUUGUGGCUCCGUGAAGUUGACGCAUAAAACUCACCGUCACAAACAUGUUGCUUUGGUUGAAGUGUCUGAAGAAAGUCCAGCUCUAGACAGAUAGGUGCCUGGGGAAGAAGGCGUCUUUUCUGACAUUACCCCAAACUCCACGGUAGUCCCUUAAAGGUUAGUUUUCAGAGAAGACAAGCAAGCGGCCAGCAGGUCCAUGAAAAGAGGCUUCACGUCGCUGAUCGUCAGGGCGACGCAGAGCGCAGCCGCAGCAAGGUGUCACCUCACGCCUGUCAUGGUGGCAGCCCUCAGGGAGACAGGCAGUGACAGCUGUUGGCGAGGACGUGGAGAAAAGGGAGCCCCCCCGCACUGCUGGUGGGUGGGAAGUCCAUUCUGCUUUGCCUGCGUCCCGGAGACGGCGGGUCCGCUCUCAGGACCUCCGCCUGAGUGCCUGCGUGGUUUCUGCGACCCACGUGGCAAGUGAGCCUUGCGAGCCGUCGUGGCUGUGGCGCUCUUGUGGCCGAGCUGGCCGUCCUCCGUGGAGGUGACGCACCACUGCCACCUGCUUCCAACCACCGGAGCCCUUUCUGGGUGACGCUGGGUUCUUGUGGUAGUUCUUUGCUGCCGUAUAACCAUGUGCCCUAGGCCUGCAAGUACGCCUGCCACAGGACAUGUGAAGCCAAGGUGGUGAGUCCCCACUGUGCACGAGCCCACCUGGAACAGGUUCUGCGGGCCCCCUCGCCGGCCGCGUCUCUGUGCUGUGACAGACCGUGCAGGCCUGCGACGCGGAGCCCCGCCAUGGAGGACGGCCGUGAGCUGGACCUCACCUACAUCACCGAGCGCAUCAUCGCUGUGUCCUUCCCUGCCGGCUGCUCCGAGGAGUCCUACCUGCACAACCUGCAGGAGGUGACACGCAUGCUGAGGUCCAAGCACGGGGACAACUACCUGGUGUUAAACCUUUCGGAAAAGAGAUAUGACCUGACAAAGCUUAACCCAAAGAUCCUGGACGUGGGCUGGCCCGAGCUGCACGCGCCGCCCCUGGACAAGGUGUGCACCAUUUGCAAGGCGCAGGAGGCCUGGCUGAACAGCGACCCCCAGCAUGUGGUCGUCAUUCACUGCAGGGGCGGGAAGGGACGCAUCGGGGUGGUCAUCUCGUCCUACAUGCACUUCACCAACGUCUCCGCCAGUGCCGACCAGGCCCUCGACAGAUUUGCCAUGAAGAAGUUCUAUGAUGACAAAGUCUCGACUUUGAUGCAGCCUUCCCAGAAACGGUACGUUCAGUUUCUCAGCGGGCUCCUGUCGGGAACGGUGAAGAUGAACGCGUCGCCCCUGUUCCUGCAUUUCGUCAUCCUGCACGGGACCCCGAACUUCGACACGGGCGGAGAGCACUCUGCGUGUCUUUCAGCCUGCCGGCCCUUUCUGAAGCUCUACCAGGCCAUGCAGCCGGUGUACACGUCGGGGAUCUACAACGUUGGCCCAGAAAACCAAGGCAGGGUCUGCAUCUCCGUGGAGCCGGCCCAGCUCCUGAAGGGGGACGUCAUGGUGAAGUGCUACCACAAGAGAUACCGCUCGGCCACCCGCGACGUCGUCUUCCGCCUGCAGUUCCACACGGGCGCCGUUCAGGGCUACGGCCUCGUGUUUGGAAAGGAGGACCUGGACAACGCCUGCAAAGAUGACCGUUUUCCCGAUGACGGGAAGGUUGAGUUGGUCUUCUCAGCCACUCCGGAGAAGAUUCAAGGGUGUGAGCAUUUGCAGAACGACCACGGGGUGAUCGUGGACUUCAACACCGCAGACCCGCUGAUCCGCUGGGACUCCUACGAGAACCUGACUGCAGACGGGGAAGUGCUGCACACGCAGGGCCCCGUCGACGGCAGCCUUUACGCCAAGGUGAGGAAGAAGAGCAGCUCGGACCCCAGCGUCCCCGGCGGGCCCCCGGCCGUCCCCGCCGCCAGCAGCCCGGACCACAGCGACCACACCCUGUCCGUCAGCAGUGACUCUGGCCACUCCACGGCCUCAGGGAGGACCGACAGGACCGAGGAGCACCCGGGCCCAGGACCCAAGAGGGGCCUGAGCCCCCAGGAGAAGGCCGAGCUGGACCAGCUGCUCAGUGGCUUUGGCCUGGAGGACCCCGGAAGCCCCCUGCAGGACAUGAGCAAUGGCCGCAGCAAGUGCGGCGGGACCCGCCACGUGGUGCCGGCCCAGGUGCACGUGAACGGGGACGCUGCCCCCAAGGACCGGGAGACAGACAUUCUGGACGACGAGAUGCCCGGCCACGACCUGCGCAGCGUGGACAGCACAGGGACGCUGUCCUCCUCGGAGGGCCACGCGUCCGCCCAUCUGGGCCCCUUCGCCUGCCACCAGAGCAGCCAGAACUCGCUCCUGUCAGACGGGUUUGGCAGCAGCACCGGCGAGGACCAGCACGGAGCCCCUGCCCCCGACCUGGGCCUGGGCGGGGACCCCCUGUACGAGCGCGAGCGGGCCUUUGGGGGCCGUGAGCCCAGGCCGCUGCAGCCCGUGCUCAGGAAGCCCCCCGCGCCCGCCCCGACGCAGGCCUACGGGCAGAGCGGCUACUCCACGCAGACCUGGGUGCGCCAGCAGCAGAUGGUGGCCGCCCACCAGUACGGCUUCGCCCCCGACGGGGAGGCCAGGCUCGGAGGCCGCAGCCCGGCACAGACCCAGCCCAGGGUCCCGGUCACCCCGACCCGGGGGGCCAGCAGUCGAGUGGCCGUCCAGAGGGGCGUGGGCCCCGGGCCACACCCCCCCGACACACAGAGACCCCCUCCCGGCAGAGCGGCCUUCAAGCCCAGGGCUCCGGACGUCAGCGUCGUGAAUGGCGCCGUCCCAGAGCUGAGCUCAGACCCCUCCCCGGGCUCCCCAACCCUGGACAUCGACCAGUCCAUCGAGCAGCUGAACAGGCUGAUCUUGGAGCUGGACCCCACCUUCGAGCCCAUCCCCACCCACAUGAGCGUGCCGGGCAGCCCGGCCAAUGGCCCCGCGCCCCCGGAUGGCGUGGGAGGUGGACUGCGGGCCAGCGGCCACCUGCAGGACGUUGGGGGAGGCCCUGGCAGGGGCCCCGCGAGACAAGGUGACGAGCCCCCGAGCGGAAGGUUCCGUAAGCUGAGCGUCGGGCAGUAUGACAAUGACGCCGGGGGGCCCCCGGCCUUCUCCAAGUCCAAGUGCGGCUGGGGGCAGCCCACCAGCGCGGAACAGGCCCCAAGCCUGGUGCCCUUUCUCUCUCCGGCCAGCGCCAAGGAGACGGCGAUCCCCGCGUACCCCCGGGACCUGGAUGGGGUCGACGGCAGGGUCUUCUCGCCCACUGGCAGUGGCAAUGAGACCCUGCCCCCCACGCCCGCGUUCCCCGUGUCUCCGGAGACGCCGUACGUGACAACCCCCCGCUACCCUCCGUUCAGCCCCCCGGGGCCCCCGAUGGGCGGUACCAGCCUGUACAGAGGAGCUCAGGAACCACGAGGCUGCGCUGAGAUUCUCGGUCACUCCGUGGGGAUGUCAGAGAGCCCGGAUGGACCCACGCCCGCGGUGCUCCGGGCCGACGUGCCCACGGCGCCCUCCUUGCAGCGGGCCUUCAUGUCCUCCUGCACAGUGUCUGGCGGCAGCCCCGGCCAGCGGAGGGAGAGCAGCCCUCCCGCCGAGCACCCGUGGGCGGAGACCAGCCCCAAAUCCUCGCUGGCCCUGCUGGGGAGCGGCCGGCCGGCAGGCAGCCUCCUGGGCACCGGCGAGUUCCCGGGGCCCGGCCAGGACGGCCCCGGGCGGCCCCACUUCCCGCCCGCCGAGCUCCAGACGCCCUUCCACGGCCACCAGCUGUCCCUGACGGACCCCCCGGAAGCACUAGGGCCGCCGAGCGGCCAGGCCUUCCUGAGCUUCUGCUCGGCCCCCGGGGGAGCUGGCCUUCCUCCCGGGGGGGAUGCGGGGGCCUUGCUGGCCAGUUCCCACGGAGCAUCCCCGGCCCUCGGCCCCCCGCGGGCCGCCGUGGAGCCUGCCGACGACGGCUUCCUGUCUCACGGCUUUCUCACGGUGGUGCCGGGACACAGCGGCCACCACAGCCCGGUCCUGCAGGGCCCAGGGCUGACCCUGCCGGGGCAGCCGCCCCUUCCUGAGAAGAAGCGGGCCUCGGAGGGGGACCGGUCCUUCGGCUCGGCCUCCCCGUCCUCCAGCGGCUUCUCCAGCCCUCACAGCGGGAGCACCAUGAGCAUUCCUUUCCCAAACGUCCUCCCGGACUUUUCCAGGGCCUCGGAGGCGGCCACGCCAUCCCCAGAUAAUCCAGGUGAGAAGCAGGUGACCGUGAACUUUGUCCAAGACACAUCCAAGUUCUGGUACAAGGCGGAUAUCUCCAGAGAACAAGCCAUCGCCAUGCUGAAGGACAAGGAGCCCGGGGCCUUCAUCGUCAGGGACAGCCACUCCUUCCGGGGCGCCUACGGGCUGGCCAUGAAGGUGGCCACGCCGCCGCCCUCCGUCCUGCAGCUGAACAAGAAAGCUGGAGACUUGGCCAACGAACUGGUCCGGCAUUUCUUGAUCGAGUGCACCCCGAAGGGAGUGCGGUUGAAAGGAUGCCCCAACGAGCCGUAUUUCGGGAGCCUGACGGCCUUGGUGUGCCAGCACUCCAUCACGCCCCUGGCUCUGCCCUGCAAACUGCUCAUUCCGGACAGAGAUCCGUUGGAGGAAACAGCAGAAAGCUCUCCCCAGACCGCGGCCAACUCCGCGACGGAGCUGCUGAAGCAGGGGGCAGCCUGCAACGUGUGGUACCUGAACUCCGUGGAGAUGGAGUCCCUCACCGGACACCAGGCCAUUCAGAAGGCCCUGAGCAUCACCCUGGUCCAGGAGCCGCCCCCCUUGUGCACGGUCGUGCACUUCAAGGUGUCGGCCCAGGGCAUCACGCUGACGGACAACCAGAGGAAGCUCUUCUUCCGAAGGCACUACCCCGUGAGCAGCGUGAUCUUCUGCGCGCUGGACCCCCAGGACAGGAAGUGGAUCACAGAUGGCCCCUCCUCAAGGGUCUUCGGUUUUGUGGCCCGGAAGCAGGGCAGUGCCACGGACAACGUGUGCCACCUGUUCGCGGAGCAUGACCCCGAGCAGCCUGCUAGCGCCAUCGUCAACUUCGUGUCCAAGGUCAUGAUCGGCUCCCCGAGGAAGAUCUGAGCCUCGCGCCGGGAGACCCCAGAGGGGCUGGCUGUGCCCCCGACCUCCCUGGCCCAGGAGGGAAGGGGCCCCUCCAACUUACACACCAGAACAAGCCACCCCACGGCCCAGUGGCCUUCCCGGAAAGACACGUUUCUGCCGCCCAGGGCCCCGGCGGAGGAAGACGGGCGCCGGGUGGGCCCCCAUACUUGCGCUCUUACGUCUGCGAGGGGAGGGGAGCCCAGCCUGCUCGGCAGUGGCCCGAGUGGCCGCUGUGCCUCGGGGUAGCCGUCUCGGGGGGGCUCCUGUCCAGCGGACACCCUGGUGCCUCUGUCUUCCCGCGAUCACCACAGAGAGGCUGAUUGGUGGGCCUGAAAAGCGGUGCACACCUAAUGAAGGUUUGUGCAGGUCAGGCCCUCCGGAUCACUGGGACGUGAACGAGGGGUCGGCGUGAUGGGCGGCGAGGCCAGGAGGUCCCUGGGUCCCCGUGGAGGGGCUGCCUCCGCCUCCGCUCGCCUGGCUCUGAAUGGCACGCUGGGCCGUGAGGGGAACGCCGUUUCCAUAAAAGUUACGUUUUACUUCUGCCAAAUUAUUUAUGGGAACAGUUUGCCAGUGCUGUGCAGUACUGGGGUCCAGUUACUGCUGCCUCCCCAGCUGGGUUCUCGGCGGAGCGUCUGCCCCGGGGCGGGUCACCGAGAUUUGGAGGCUGUGGGUCCCCACUGGCGAUGCUGUGGGCCGUGGCUGCUGCCCGCAGCCUUCCCGAAUUCCUGACCAUCCGCGUGUCCUUUCUGGGGAGGACGGUUCCAAGGGGUGAGAUGGGCUUAGUUGUAGCCUCAGUCCCCGCGCCGCACCGUUGUCUUGGGGUGGAGACUGCCCUGAGGACCCUGCCCCGGGGACCUCUCGGCGGUCUUGUCCGUGCCUGUUGGCUCCUGCCCGGGUCCCGCGUUCCGGCAGGAGGAUGAGACCGGACGAGUCUCGGUCCUUCCAGGGAGCUCUGACUCAGCUCUGCUGCGUGUCCGCGGCCGGAUCAGGCGCGCUGUCUGCGCGGAUGUGCGCACUGCAGUGCCGUGGUCCGUCCGCCCGUCGGGCAGUGGUCCAAGGUCCCGCGGAUGCCGCGGAGCGAGAGACGGAGCUGGGCACCACCGUCACCUUCCUCGUCAACCGGGCGCUCGCCCCCGGGCUCUCCCUCGAACGAGGGCCUCCCGGGGGCCUCCGCAUCCCCAGUCAAGCACCAGCCCUCAGGUCACCAGGAAUCACCACAGCCAGCGGUCACCGCGCAGGGCUUUGGAAAUGCGCUUUGUGGACUGUUUCAAAGUGGGCAGAGACAGCCUCGGCCGCAGCAGAGGUGGGAUGGGCCGAACCGCAGUGGGCAUCGAGCGUGUGCGCCUGCACGCGUGGGUGUGCGUGCCUGUGUGACUGUGUGCGCGCGAGUGUGUGAGAGCAGGCGCUGAGUCCACUGUGUAGCUCCUAUUAAUGCACCAAACGCAAGUGCCUCGUUUCUGUGCCAAAUGUUUGCCUUGGUCUUCGUGGACCGCCUUCCCCGCCGCGUGCUGCGUGGCCGGUAAGAAGAUUGUACCGGCAUCUUCGGAGGCCCGACGCCUUGGUCCUCGGCAGUGGCGUGUCUGGCAUUUCCGUUUUCCAUCCUCAGCAGGAAUUCAGCCCAGGGGGCAGCGGUGUGUGCUGCCCCCAAGACCUGCCCCCUCCUGAGAUGCUCGAGCCCAAGUCUGACCUAAGGGCCGCAGGCAGGUGCCUCCUCCUUCUGACGAAGCAGGAGCGGGCAGGAUUGAGAAGCACGAACCGCGAGUCAGAGACAGCCAGGCCUUCCCGGCCGAGCUUGUCCAGAGCAUGCAAGCCACGGCGCUUGCUUUAUAGACUGACCGGCCGCCGAGACGCGUGCUCUCAGCACCCAAGGGCGUCGGAACGCUUCCUGCCAGCAAACGGCUCCCUCGGAGGUGAGGGACCGAGGGGAGCCGAUCCCUGGUUCCCGAGGAGCCGGUACGACAGUGUUACAUACGCAGCCGCGAACUCUGCGCUCAGGCCUCGGGGAGCCCCGCCCCGGGGCCCGCGGGGAGGGAACGGCCCCCGGCACCCGGCCUCCGGGUGCCGGCGGGCACAGGGGCGCGCACGAGGCCCGCGCCCCGCAAGUGUCAUAGCCAGCGUCCGUUGACCCGCGCGGUGUCCCUCCAGUGUUAACCUGUAAUCUCCUUGAGUCACACCGCGCCUGAGGGCCCCCCCACUCCCGCGUCCUCCGUGUCCGACCUCACCGCGCCCCCUUACCUGCCCUGCCAAGUAGUGGGUGUUUCUACUUCCGCCUUGUAAAGAGUGAACCCAGUAUGUAAAUGAACGUUCCACGAUAACCCUCUGUAUAGCGCUCUGCUCUGCUCUUUAAAUAUCGCCUCUAUUCAGAGUAUAAUAAAGUUAUAAACUCGGUAA